CAUAUUCGCUUCUCUCAUUCCUCUUCGAUAACGAACGCGAAAAACUAUGAAAGCAUUAUAAGAGAAACCCUAGAUUACCCUGUUUUUCUUACUUGCAAAAAUUUUCCCAAGAAAAUCCCCCAAAUCCACACCCUAAAAUCCAAACAAAAGAAAAUUAACGUUCUGGGUUUCCAUUUUACCGCUUUCAUAUUUUUCUCUCUGUCAUUUGGUUCACAUUUUGCUUCUGUGUAUUAGACUUUUUUUUUUGGUUUUCUUCUUUUUUUUUUUUUUUUUUUUUUUUGGUUUCCCCUCCCCUAUCUUGGUUGUUUUCAGGGAACAUAAUUUAACAGGUUUUGAGGCAGAAUUUUGGGGAGUACUUUUGGUUUCUUGGAGGAGCUCUGAUAUUAUAGCGUUGUCGUAUUUGGGUUUUGUUCUUGACGUUGAUGAUGAUGUUUUCUGUGCUUUCUUCUCUAAUGGUGGGUUUUGUGUUGUGAAAAUUAGGGUUUCGCUUUUUUUUCCCAACUUGUUUCUUUUUUUUCUCCCUCAAAGGAAGUCUUGGCCUUUUCGCUGUUUUUCAUUUGCUGGGAAGCGACUGCAUCAGUGGUACGUGAACUUUGAUUGGCAAAGAUGUCUUCACCAUAUCAGAUUCUGGACAAUCGACCUCUUGAUCACUGGAAGGUUACAGAGUUAAAAGAAGAGCUAAGAAGGAGGAAAUUAACAACCAAGGGUUUGAAGGAGGAUUUGGUAAAACUUUUGGAUGAAGCAGUCCGUAUUGAAAGAGCGAAUGCUCAAAAGGAUGUGGAUAAUGGUCUUAAUGGUGAUCCUCGGGAUGUAGCUCCAGUGAAAACUGUAGACACAAAUUCAAUUCCUAUUGAAGGCAAUGUGGAUGAUGGCCGUGAGAAGACUGGAAAAGUGGAUGUUGCUCCUGUUCAGGUUGACAUUAAUGAUAGUGCAGCAGCCUUGGUUCAAGGGAAUAUCCAGGAGGGGUAUGUUCUGGUUGAUAAAAAUUCUGCAGCAGUGGAAGAGAAGCUGGUUGUUCAUUCAACUACUGUGGAAACUAGUAUGUCAGUUGCUGAGUUUGUGGUACCCAGUGUAACAGAAACUGAGCAAGAUUUGCAGAAAAUUGAAACUCAGGAGGAGAAUGGGGAUCCAAAGCCCCAGCUGGCGAAUGAGGAUUUGAAGACCCAGCUGGCAAAUGAGGAUUCGAAGCCUCAGGUGGAAAAUGAGGAUUCGAAGCCUCAGGUGGCAAAUGAGGAUUCAAAGCCCCAGCUAGAGAGUGACACUUCAAAGCCCCUGCUGGAAAGUGAUGAUUCAAAGCCCCAGCUGGAGAGUGAAAAUUCAAAGCCCCAGCUGGAGAAUGUGUGCUCCAAUUCUACAUCCGGGGAUGUUAUGCUCAACCUGUCUGCUCCGAACAACCAGGUAUCUGCUCCGAACAACCAGGUAUCAGAGGUCAGCCCUAUUUUAGGGUCUCAAGUAAAAUAUGAUUCUAUUUCUACUGAUUCUGUGUCAAUUAAUGAAAAGAUUGAACUAAAGGAUAAUAUAAUUGCUGAUCAUGUCAAAUUAGAAUUAGAUGUUAUUAAGCCGGAGAUGGUGGAACCAUCAUCCAGUACUGUUGUACCUGUUGGUGGUGACUCGCAUCCAAUGGAUGUUGAAGAGCCACAUGAGAGCAAGGCAUCUGUUGGGGAGAAGGAUGACGACAGUGAUAAUAAUGCAGAUUUGAGCAAGAAAAAUGAUAGUGUAGAUGUGGGAUACUCUGAAAAGUUAAAUUUAGACAGAAGUUCUGGAGAUGAUUCGAUGGAAGAAGAUGUGCUAGAAAUUAAACAAAUUGAUUCUAGGUAUAAUUCUGAUGAUGUGGGAGAUAGGAUUGAGAAAAUUGAUGUUUCUGCUGCGAAGGAGGAGGAAAGUCAUGUUGAUGUUGUGGGAGAUGAUUUUCCUGCAGACAAAAAGGAUGAUCAUGUUGAGAAUAAGGAUCGUCCAACUGCAAUUGCUGAGAAAAGGAAGUUUAAUGAUCAAGCAUUGGGGGGAAACAGUGAGCCUCAAAAGAGGCAGCGUAGGUGGAACUCUGAAAGCCUUAAAGUUCCUGAACCACAAAGUUCUAAUAUUACACCUAUCACACCCAAAGACAAUUUUCAGUCAGGUGCUCCUAAGCGCAAUUUCUCUAGAUCUGACUCAACAGUUAGUGAGGAUGCAACAAAGGAACGUGUUGUUCCACCGUCACCUAAAACGCCAACUAAUUCCCUCAGGAUUGAUCGUUUUCUACGCCCCUUUACCUUGAAAGCUGUGCAAGAACUUUUAGGCAAAACUGGGAAAGUUACCAAUUUCUGGAUGGAUCACAUCAAAACUCAUUGCUAUGUAACUUAUUCAUCGGUAGAAGAAGCCAUAAAGACGCGGAAUGCUGUGUACAACUUGCAAUGGCCGCCAAACGGUGGGCGCCUUCUUGUAGCUGAGUUUGUUGAUGCUCAGGAAGUAAAGACCAGGGUUGAGACUCCGCAGACUCUGCAGACUCCACAGACUCCACAGACUCCAGUUGCAUCUGCCAAUCUUGGUCCUCCUGUUUCUUCAAUCCCACCAAACUUACAGCAGCCAUCCCCUCGUCUACAUAAGCAGCAGCAGCAGCUUCCUCCUCCACAUUCUCUUCCACCACCACCACCACCACAACUGUCUAACCCUGCCCCAGCAAGAGAGCAGCUUCCUCUUCCACCUGCACCUCCACUGGCAGAGAAGCUUGAUCCUCCAAUUGUCACUCUGGAUGACCUGUUCAGAAAAACCAAAGCAAUUCCACGGAUCUACUACUUACCAUUGGCAGAAGAACAAGUGGAAGCAAAACUUGCAAUGCAAGGGAAAAACAAAAGGCAGUAGGUAAAAUGUUAGUAUCUAUGGCUGCUGCUCUAUGGAAAUUGUUAUGGGUAGGUCAGUAUGUUAGAUAAUGGUAAGGAAAUAUUGUAUGCUUGCAAAUUCUGCAAGUCUGCAAUUUUUUCCUUGUUGGAAGGGAAUGUACCAGCCAUGCCAAAAGGCCCUGAUUUUGUUGAUGGAUUUGGAUUUCUAGGAAAACUGCUUUUGGCUUAGGCUAAGUUGUAUUGGGUGGAUUGGAUCGACACACCUCUGGUUUGUAUGUUGGAUUUCAUAUUGAACCAGAGUUGCAACUUUUAUUUUGUUAGUGUUAGAAGUUAAUUUGUAUUUGAAGAUUUUAUGAUAUAUAUUAGUCUUGAAAUGUAGGAUCUAUAGCCACAUGCUUUAGACUCAUCAGUGCAUCUUUGGGUCUAUUCUUAUCAA